GCGACACAACCCUCUUCCGCGUUCUUCUCUUGUUUACAUGACAGUUGUGGCAGUAGCUUAAGUGCAGUGUUUUUCUAAAGAUGACGGAACAGAAAGCGCAGAAUAUUAGCUCCAUACCCAUCGAUGGGUUCAGUAAUUUAAGAAUAACGUCCAUAUCGACUUUUCUCAUGUCAGUGCAGUGGUCGGAACGUUGGCUCAUAUGGUUGAUGGUGUUUCACGUUGUGUGUUUGUUCCUGACUGUGAUCACCUGCAGAUUCUACAGAGCUCAGAUCUGUCACUUCUUGCUCAUGGUUGGUCUAGUCUAUAGUGCCGAGUAUCUAAACGAACUAGCUGCCAUGAACUGGAGGUCAUUUUCAGAUUUCCAGUAUUUUGAUUCCAAGGGAAUGUUCAUAUCUUUGGUCUUCUCAAUCCCUCUACUGCUCAAUACUGUCAUCAUUGUGGCGGUGUGGGUGUACAGGACAUUUUCCACUAUGACUGAACUGAAGACUCUCCAACUGAAGCGAAAGGCUCGCAGGGAGAAAAGAGAGAAGAAUGACUAAUCCCUAUGAAUAUGUCCAAUAAUGGGCUUCAUUGAGAGGAACUAUAAAUGUCUCUCUUGCUAAUCCUGAAAUUUGGAGCUGGUUUUCAGAUUCCCUCUUGCAACUCUAAAAGGAUUUGUCAGUGCCAGGGCUGCAUGUCUGUUUCUGUUAAUAACUGUUGGAUGGUGGUGCUUGGAUGGCGUAUGUACUUACCAUGGACCAAAUUAUGUUUGCUGUCAAUGUUCAUGUGCGUAAGUGGUUUGGAAAAAAUAAAGAUGAAGCAUUUUUUUUU